AUGUUGCCCUUCACAUCCACGAUCAGCUAUGGUACGAACGAUGACGAUUAUAUCCGAAAGCCGGUUAAUGCCGUUAAUAACGCCGUGAGGUACGAAAAAUCGCCGAUACAACAACAGUUUUAUCAACCCCUGCACCCACCGGUGGCGGGAGUCGCUCACAUUCAAACGCAACGCAUCGAACAGCCGGUGGUGCGCACAGUUAUUAAGCAAGAUGCCCCGAUCCCGUUGGUUCGAGCCCCGGUUGCGGCCCCGAGGCCGAUGGUCUGCAAAAAAUGCCAGAAGACCGUAUAUGAAGCGGAGAAAGUUUUGGCAGCCGGAGCGGUAUGGCACAAGUCCGGCUGCUUCAACUGUAGUGACUGCAACAAGCGCCUGGAGUCUCGAACUCAAUGUGAGCAGGGCGGAAAGCUGUACUGCAAUGCGUGCUACGGGCGCCAAUUCGGGCCGCGCGGCUACGGGCACGGCGUCGGCGCCGGGUUGUUGCAGCUGUAUCAA